GGUGGGGGUAGAAUGUAGGAGGAGCGCACCAGCUGAACCAAACCAAAACCUGAGUGACUGUAUGUAUGCGUUGACAGCAAGCAUGGCAGGCGACAGCGAAACCCGGCUGGACAAUCAAGCCGAAAAAGAGCAUGUAACCCGGCAGCCUUUCCUCAUCGGGGUGGCUGGGGGAACUGCCAGCGGCAAGUCGUCCGUCUGUGGGAAGAUCAUGGAGUUGUUGGGGCAAAAUAAGAUCGACCACCACCAAAGGCAGGUGGCCAUCUUCAGCCAGGAUAGCUUCUACAAGGUCCUCACCCCCGAGCAGAAGGCCAAAGCCCUCAAGGGCCAGUUCAACUUUGACCAUCCAGAUGCCUUUGACAAUGAGCUCAUAAUGAAGACCAUGUGGGACAUUGUGGAAGGCAAAACCGUCCAUAUUCCAGUGUAUGACUUUGUUACUCAUUCCAGGAAGGAGGAGACCGUUACAGUUUACCCAGCAGAUGUUGUGUUGUUUGAGGGCAUCCUAAUGUUCUACUCCCAGGAGAUCAGGGACCUCUUUCAGAUGAAGCUGUUUGUGGACACCGAUGCUGACACUAGAUUAUCACGCCGGGUGCUGCGCGAUAUUAAUGAGCGAGGAAGGGAUCUGGAACAGGUGCUGUCGCAGUACAUCACCUUUGUCAAACCAGCCUUCGAGGAGUUCUGCCUGCCGACCAAGAAGUACGCUGACGUAAUUAUUCCUCGAGGGGCUGACAAUAGUGUUGCCAUAAACCUGAUCGUUCAGCACAUCCAGGACAUUGUGAACGGCGGCCUGACCAAGAGGCUGAAUGGCUGUGUGAACGGCUACAUCACACCCCGCAAACGCCAGCCUUCAGAGUCCAGCAGCCGACCCCACUGACCACACUGCCUCUCUUCACUUAAACACAGGACUAGGCAGAGAACGAGAGUGGUGGUGGAAGAGGGCGAGAAGGAUGGAUGGAUGAAUGGGAGACCUGUACAUAUUACAUUACGAGUUAGCAAACACUAUUUAAAGAAAAAACACACAAAAAACACAAUCCAGAAGAAAAAUCGCAAAAGCUGCGAAACUGCCUUCGUUCAUUUUUUUUCCUUCAUUUUUUCUUUUGGAUGAUGAUGACAUGGAGUUCCUAGUUUGGAACUUUUAGUAGGUCAGAUAUGACCUUAUUUUCUUAUUGUAUUUAUUUCUGUUUUUUGUUUUUAUUAUUAUUUUUCCAGUCCUUAUUUGUGCUUGCAGGUGUGAGUUAAAGGAGGGAGGCAGUCUGUGCUAGGCCUUGUGAAUUGGAUUCUGUCCUUGAGCGCUGUGCUGUUAGAGGACUGCUUUUUGUUGCUGGUUUUUUUUUUUUUUUUUUUUCCCGUUUCUUGAACGUCAUUCAUUGUCAAAAACGUCUGAUCAGAGUUGUUUCUACCACCAUGCUUCAUCAUUGAGCAUGGUGGGUAGGAGUGGAUUGUGUCAGUGUCGGAAGGCUUGAUUUUUUUUUAAAUUAUUAUUAUUAUUAUUAUUAUUAUUAUUAUUUUGGUUACAGUACAAGGCUCAGAUGUGUGGAAGAAAAGGCAAAAAAAAAUGCUAACUUGAGGUUCAGUGACCCAUCUGAGAUGCAGUGACUUUUACUCAGCUGGCUUUGUCUGAAUAGGGCUGGAUGUUUAAGCUGUUCAGUGUACUUCGAUGUACUGUAUUUAACUGUCAUUCUUACCAUGUCUGACAUCCCUGUCCCCUUUCCUCCACCCCCUCAAGCAACACAAGCAUCAGGUUUGGGAAUGACUGGAAAUGUAGCCACUUUGGCAGAAAUCCCCCCCCAUUCCGCUCCGACUCCACUCCUGCGUAUUCCAUCCUGCCACUGCAGCACUCCCAUAGCUGCUCUGGCUUUUGCAGCUCCUAGCUGCACACUUGGUGUUCACGUCUCCUAGUUUUCCGCAAGGGAGAUGUCUGACUUGGUCGCCAAAAAAAAUGACAAUAAUGAUAAUUUCAACAAAAAAAAACUCAGGCCACAGCCAGGUCUAAGCCUCUCAGGUGUAGUGCCUAGUGUGUUUGAGAACUCAAGGGCAAGAAAGACUGAUAGAUUGGAGACCAUUUAGUGUAUAAGACCUGAGACUGAGGUCCAGUGGUUUGGGCUGUGUGUUUGCUCUGGGACCUGUUUGAGAAGAAAGGCUGGGCAUUACUUGCAUGACCGCCAGUGUUAUUUCAGUUCCAGAUUACCCCACUGUUACGUGUUUUUUGUCUUUGAAAAAUUCCUCCUUGGUUGUUAUGUCUGCUUUUUUCAAGCUCCAAAGAAUGUUCAUGGUUUUUUGCUUCUGUCAAGGCAGUCCUUCUGAGGCUCUAAAUGUUUAAGAUGAGGUUGUCCCUAGUGAAAUUGGCCACGUUGCGCAAUAUCAUUUGUCACAGGAUGUCCACCGUGAUUUCUACAGCUGUGGAUCUUAGCUUAACCAAACACGAACCAUGAUACAAUGGCAAAACAAAUAAGUUGAAUACACUUUCCCAGCAAAGCAACAGACAAUAGAAGUCACCAAAGUAGUCUCUCAGUAUUGCCUAUUAUGUCUAGCAGGACACAGGGAAGCCAACUCCUUAUUUCCCUUACCUCUCUCAGGACCUCAACUGGAUGCUUGUUUUCUUGUUCCUCAGUUAUGUGUGCUAAAAGAACUUUCUAUUGAAACGUCAAUGCCUCUCUGUGACUUUCAAUACAAAGACUUCAAACACUGUUGUUACUGACGUCCCUAUGUUGAAAAUGAUGGCUAUGAAACAGGGUAGUUAAUUAAGUGUUUUCAUUUCACCUGACUUCUCUGCACUUUCCUCAGAAAAGAGUUGAUUAUAUUGAUUCAUGACUCAUGAAUAAAGGGUUCAUAAGGAGAUGGGCGCCUGAAGUCAGGGCCAGGUUUCCCAAAAGCUAAAAGCAAUGGUAAAUGAUGAGUUUUAUAAUCGUGCAUGCUCACUCCCUUGCAAUGACAUUGGUGCCUGCCUACCUAUAUUAUUUGAGCCGUGCCCAGAUAAAUAAAACAACUGUAUGAGAUACAUAUGUUUGUAUGACCUAAUAUCAAGUACUGUAUGUAUACCAUUUUGGUAUGAAAUGGGUCACACCACUAGAAAGAUCAAUUGGACAAUUUGUAUGACGCCGCCACUCUGAAUUUUGUUCUUAAAAAUGAUUUGAUCAUAUUACGUCAUCCAAACUGCUAUUAUCAACAUGAAGCCCUGCAGAUGUUGCUUUUGUUCCAGAGGGUCAUGUUGGCACAAACACACAAAAACACUGCUGUUUGGCUCAAGGUGUGCGGAGUCAAAUGAAGGCUGAUAACAAAACUGAAACACUUAAAGCCAGUUCAGUUUGGCUUUUUCAUAAACGGCACUAGUCAUGGUCACUAACCGGGGCUGUGUAGCAAUGAUUCAAGCACCAGCUUUGGCACCAGAUACAGUCUGCCUUAUUAACACAGGCCCUCACUACUUCCAAUACAAAAAGCUCAGCCAAAUCAGAACACUUACAUACACAUAGACAAGCCUGCUUUGCUAUUUAAGGUGUUUAUACAUUGGCUAAUGACUACUGCAUUUUGAAUGACUCUUCAAUGAUAAAUGUCAAGCCCUUCUAAAAUUACAUUAUUAUAUGUUCUAUUGGCUUGCUGACACUCUGUAUGUACAUAAUUGUGAGUAUGUAUCCAAUCAAUGUCUGUGAUUAUGUGUGUAUAUUUUCUCUUGUUAGAGGGCAAAGUUGAACUUGAACCCUGUUUCAAUUGUUCCCAUAUAAAUCUUAAUCAUCAAAGUUGCUAAAUGUUCCUUGCCUCAAGUACUGUAUUGAACACUGAAAGAAAAACUGUUUGGAGGUGGUGCAGUGGCUAAUGAUACUAAAAAGUGCUGUUACAAGCUUAACUCUGUAUUGCAAUUCAAAGGGGCCUUUGAUCUGGAGUUCGUUUGGACUAUUUAAGAGAGAGAGAAUUUAUCAUGUUAUGACAACUUAGAGCUCUACGUCUGUCCACUGUAGGGUACCAUCUGUAGACAGUGAGAAGUUCUACCAUAUGGAAGACAUUCAAAGAUAGAUAGUAUUUGACCUCACUCUCAAGUUUCUGUCACUAUAGCACUACGAAAGCAGUGCCUCCUCAAAAAUCUUUUUUUUCUGCCCUCAGGAUGGUACACACCCUUCCUUGUAUCAUUUUGUAAAUGUGUACAUGAAUGCAACAUGUGUAAUCAAAUCCACAAAAGCUACUGAAAAUGCAAUGAAUCUAAUAAAAAUUUUAUACUAUG